GGUGACCACUUACUCUCCUAAAAGUAUGUCUGUCUGUCUGUCUGUCUAUGAGGAAGAUAAAAUAUAAAAACAUUCUCAUUUGUGAAGCAUCCCUUCAUUUCCUCACGCUUUUGCUUUCCCUUCACUACCAGGCUAUCUUCUCUGUAUUGUUCCAAUUUCUAAUCUGUGAAACAUUCCUUAUUUUCCUGUCAGUCUCUGUCCAUUUACUAGUCACUGUUCACAAUAUAAUCCAUGGCCUAUUGUACUGUGAAAAGAGAGAGAGAGGGAGAGAGCGAGAAAGAGGUGAGGGAGAUUAGAUUAGAUUACAUACAGGGUUUAGGAGAUAGAAACUGCACAGAGAAACACAGAGAGACAAAGAGACAAGACCAAGGUUGCUAUCUGUAUCCUGCCAUUGAAGGGACACCAGGUUUGUGGGGUGUAGAUGUAGGUGGAAUGUGUGCUGCUAUUGCAUGACUGAAGGUGAUAGUAUUGAAUCUUGUAUGUUAGGAUGAAAAGUAAUGCUUGAUCACACUGCUUUGGUUCAGCAUUGUAAUGGUGUGUGUGUGUGUGUGUGAAAGCAUGGAUAUGGACUUGGAGAGGAUCAUUCAGUGCAUCAAACAAGGAGACCAGGUCAGUGUCCAGACACACCUGGACCACUACAACACUCAGUAUGCUGAAUGCUUCUUCUUCAAUAUUGAGGAGAGGGAAAGAAGAAAGCAAAAAGAGCUGGAUGAGUUCAGGAAGAACAAAAUGAGGGACUUUGUUCCCGACUCGGACCCUGAUUUCAACUCAGACUCAGAUGACGCUGAGGACCCGGAUCUCCUUCUCAGACGGAGGUUGGCUGCAGCCCUGGUGUGGUUUAUCCGUACCCAGCUCCAGCCGGGGGUUCUGAGAGUGACCCUGCGUACGCUACGUAUCCUGUCCCGCGACCGGCAGGCUUUGGCACCCCUAGUGACCGACACCGCUCUCCUCACCCUAGCCCACCUGGGCGGCAUAACCUCCCUGCCCAUCCCCGAGGGCCAGGAGGAAGACGAGGAGGAAGGUCAUGAUGCUGAGAGAGAAGAUUACGGCCAUGUCCUUAGUGACGUCAGUUCGGAUGCCUGUAAACAGAGCGACACGGGUGGGUGCAGUAGGGGCGCUAAUGCUAAUACUAGUUCGUUAGCGGUUAGCAACGUGGAUGCUAACGUUGUCGGUGCUAGCCCGACCCAGCACUCCUUGGCCCAGGCUUCCACUCAGACCUGUCCAGCCCUGGUUACGGCCAACAACAGCCAAGGUGGAGCGAUGACAUUGCCAUCGGUGGCCAGGGACCCCUGCUGCACCCUCAGCACGGAAACCUGCCAUGGCAACCUGCGCUCUGUCUCCACGGAAACCUGCACUGCCCAGCACCACUGCUCUCCGGGUCAUGCCCGGGAAGAGAGGGAUGAAGAGAGGGAUGAAGAGGUGGAUGAAGAAGAGAAAGAGGAAGAUGACCAGGAGGGGAGGAGGGAAGCCCUGAAAGCCCUGUGUAAUAUCAUCUACAACAGUCAGAGGGCGCAAGAGAGGGUCAGCGCUCUGAGACUGCUCUAUGGUCUAUCAGACAGGCUGAAGCAGGGGAUCAGUGCCAAAGCUCUUCACAGUGGUCAGUUUUAUGAACUACGGCUGCUCUUUCUGCUGACGGCUCUGAGACCAGAGCUCAGGGUGCAACUGCAGCAGGAGCGAGGGGUGUCCAUGCUGACUGCAGCUCUGGAGCAGUGUCUGUCUGUGCAGUGGGGGGAAGAGUACGAGGUGCUGAGCGACCACAGAGCUCCCCCUGUCUCUAAGGAAGUGUCACAGCGGGCUGUGGAGAUCCUCAAGACCCUGUUCAACAUCACAUACAGCUUCCACAGACAGGAGCCAGACGAGGAGGAUGCAGCUCUCUAUCGCCGCCUGGCUGCAGUGCUACGUCACUGCCUGCUGCUGACCUGUGACGGAGAAGAACUCACUGAGGAGUUACAGGGGCACACAGUGAACGUGCUCUCUGCCCUGCCCCUGCAAUGUCUGGACGUGCUGCUGUCUGUGCAUCUGACGGAGAGUUCACAGGAGUGGGAGGGGGUCAACAUGGACACUGUCCACACCCUACUCACCUUCAUGGAGAGACGCCUGGACAGGGGUCAGAAGUUGAAGGAGAAACUGACUCCAGUCCUGAAUCUGUUGACUGAGAGCUGCCGUGCGCAUCGCGAGACACGCCACUACCUCAGACAACAGAUCCUCCCCCCUCUGAGGGAUGUGGUCCUGAGGCCGGAGCAGGGUGCCACAGUGAGGGGACGUUUGGUGCGCCUGAUGACCCACGUGGACACGGACAUCAAGCACUGUGCUGCUGAGCUCCUCUUUGUGCUCUGCAAAGAGAACGUGAGUCGUUUUGUGAAGUACACAGGCUAUGGUAAUGCAGCAGGUUUGCUGGCAGCGCGGGGCAUGCUGAGUGGAGGUCAGGUGACCCACGCCCAGUACUCUAGCGACUCAGACUCUGACACAGAGGAAUACAGGGAAGCUAAGGGGCGCAUCAACCCAGUGACGGGGAGGGUGGAGAAGGAGCAGCCAGACCCCAUGGAGGGAAUGACAGAGCAGGAGAAAGAGCAGGAGGCACAAAGACUCAUCAGCCUGUUCAACAGGCUCUCACGGGACAAGAUCAUCCAACCAGUGGGAGUAACGACAGGGGGGAGACUGGAGCCCCUGUGUGGUCAGAUGAGGGGGAGCACUGUGGAAGAGGAGGAAUCAGAGGGAGAGAGUGAGGAAGAGAGGGAAAAGUAGGGAGGAGAGAAAAUAAAGAUUACAAGAAGUUACUGUAUAGAAUGAAGUUACAGCAUAGGAUGGUGAAGAGAGGGUGAGGAAGAGAGAUAGAGGUUGGUUUGUAUUUAUAUAGCACAGUGGUGGAAAAAGUACCCAAUUGUCACACUUGAGUAAAAGUAAUAGAAAACGACUCAAGUAAAGGUGAAAGUCACCCAGUAAAAGAAUAAUAUGUCUAAAAGUAUCUGGUUUUAAAUAUACAGUACCAGUCAAA